UGUGCGUGUGCGUGUGUGUGGAGUGGCACGCGUGUUUAUCGCCACGUCAUUUGCGACAGACGAGUCGCUGAGAUUUAUCGCAGGUCACUUGGUGAGCUAGCCUAGCGUGCUAAUGUUAGCUCGGUGGCUAACUCUGGUUAGCUCCCGUGUGGCAGCAGCAGUGUAGUAGUUGACGUGGAUCGAAACUCAUCAUCGUCUUAACAUAAACGAAACAACUUAGUGGAAGCCAACCCGGGAGGUGUUGGUGACUGUUUCAUAGGAGUUGCCUUGUGUUUUUCACCGCUUGUCAUGCUGCGCUAGCCAACCUGAUAGUGCUAACACGACACUUUUUUUUUUUUUUAAAUUAACCCUUCGCGACAGCGACUCAUGUCAGCGUGGUUGGGAUCUGGACAACACGACCUGAACUUGACUUGUCCACGCAAUCCUGGAACUUUUUCCAAAGGUGUCACUGGAUUUAAAGAUCUUCAAGGAAGAAUGGCCGAGACCCAGACACUUAACUUUGGACCUGAAUGGCUCCGUGCCCUAUCUGGAGGUGGAGGAAGCGGAGGCAGCGGAGGCGGAGGAAGCAGCAGCAUCACUGUUGCCUCGCCGCCUCUUUCACCGGCAUUGCCAAAGUACAAACUAGCAGAUUAUCGCUACGGGAGAGAAGAAAUGUUAGCACUUUAUGUUGAAGACCACAAGAUCCCUGUAGACCUACAUGAUAAGGAGUUCCUGCCCAUUUUGCAAGAGGAGCCCUUGCCGCCCCUGGCACUUGUGUCUUUUACAGAGGAAGAACAGAGAAAUUUUGUCAUGUCUGUAAACAGUGGUGCUGUACUUUGGCGGGGAGGCGGCGGUCCAGUCAUCGGGGCACCUCGGGGUCGAAGUAUCUCGAGGGGUAGAGGCCGAGGAAGAGGAGACGGAGGGUUUUACCAAAGAAGUUUUGAUGAUGUGGAAGGUUUUGGCCGCGGGGGCAGGGAGAUGCAUCGCUCCCAGAGCUGGGAGGAAAGGGGAGAUAAGAGGUUUGAAAAGCCAGGUCGAAAAGACCUAGAAGGUGCUCCAGGACAUUUUCAGAUUAAUCAUAUUCGAAACAACUACGAGGACGCUGGUUCUGGCCUGCCGAGAAAGCACGACUUCAUCCGCUCGGAGAGUGGGAACUGGCGUACCUCUCGUGACGAUCAGAACGAUGGGCUUCGGACUACGGUGUGGCGUGAACAUCCAGAACAGCGGCGCCGUGUCCCGUUUGACGCACGAGACGACGAGCGCAGCUACAGGAGGCCGCGGUCAGGCAGCGGCAGCCUGGAAGAAGACAGAGACGCUCUGCCUGAGUGGUGUCUUGAAGACACUGAUGGGGAGGCAGGCACCUUUGAUUCAUCAGGGGCCUUUCUCUCACUCAAGAAAGCCUCCAAAGAGCCCAUCUUGGAGGAGGCAGAGUUGGAUUUUAAACCCUUGGAGGAGUGUGAGGAGACGCUAGAGGACGAUGGCAGUCAGCCUAAGAAGACCAAAGAGACAGAAACGGAGGCCAAGAAAAUUGUUGAACGAAAAGUUUUAACACGGUUGAGCAAAGUAUUAGAUGAGGUGCCACCUGUUCCUUCACCUGCCGCUCCACCAAUCGCAGAGGCCCAGCCUCGUUCCAAAUCUGUGUCGCCAAGCCAUCCCAACAAAACAGAAGAGUCUAAGAGGCCAGCCCAAGGACAACCACCGCUUGAGCAACCACCAGAACUGUGCAAAGUUCCCCUGCAUGUCCCCAUGUCCAACAGCAUGCUAGAGUCGCUACCCAUGACCCGUAUUUCUACGACCCUUACAGAAGUGCGCACGCCAUUGUCUGCCAUGCAGCAGCCUCAGCAGAAGCCCUUGAAGGUUCCUGUGGCCAUGAGCAACCAUCUGUCCUUUUCUUCAAGUAUGAUGGCACCAAUAGCCAGGCCCACUGCUGUGUUACAUGACACAGAUGAAGAUGAGGGGUUGAAGCAUCUUGAGCAUGAAGCAGAGAAGAUGGUGGCAUACUUGCAGGAUAGUGUGGUGGACGAUGACAGACUUGCAACAAAGACCUCAGAGAAGACCAAACCCGUGGGCCUUCCACUUACCCAUGAAGCUGCUCUCAAGUGGUUUUACAAAGACCCUCAAGGGGAGAUACAAGGUCCUUUUGGUAACCAGGAGAUGGCAGAGUGGUUCCAGGCAGGUUACUUCACCAUGUCUCUCUUAGUUAAAAGAGGAUGUGAUGACUUAUUUCAGCCAUUGGGGGAGAUGAUGAAGAUUUGGGGAAGAGUCCCUUUCACUCCAGGGCCUGCACCUCCACCUCUGCAGGUAUAUGGUGACGGUGAUCAAGAAAGAUUGAAGAGGCAGCAGGAGCUUACCACGCUCAACCUUUACCAAUUACAACAGCUCCAAUAUCAAUACCUCUUAAGGCAGCAGUAUGCUCAGGCCCUGGCCCAGCAAAAGGCUGCAGUCCUCAGCUCAGCUCCUCAGCAGCAGCAGCAACAACACCAACAGCAGCUUAACCUUCUUCAACAGCAAUACCAGGCUCUUAAGAUAAGAACAUCUGAGAGCCUUCUACCUCCUGUUACACGUUGCCUGUCUGUACCCGACACAGGUUCUGUUUGGGAAAUGCAGAAUCCAUCCUCCCAGGCUCCCUGUGCGCCAAGCCUCCCACCAGCAGCUUCCAGCACAUGGGAUGGCAGCAGUGUGUGGGACUUGCCCAUAGACUCCAUGGCGAAGGCGCCAACCAUCGAGCAGAUGCAGCAAUUGGAGAAGUCGAAAGCUACAAAGUUGGAACUAGAGAGACUUGAAGCUGAAAUGAGAGCCAAAAGGGAAGAAGAAGAGCGGAAGCGCCAGGACGAGGCUUUGCGGGCUCGUCAGGAAGAAGAGCGCAAGCGCCUAGAAGAGGAGCAGUUGGCGCGACAAAAACAGGAAGAAGCGCUCAGACGACAGAGAGAACAGGAAGAGGCACAUCAGAGGCAAAAAGAGGAGGAGGAAAGACUGGCACAGGCGGAAAACCUGCGAAGACUUGAGGAGAGGAGACGGGAAGAGGAAGAGAGGAAGAAACGUGAGGAGUUCAUUCGUAAGCAGGAGGAAAAGCGCAGGAAACAGGAGGAGCUUGAAGCACUAAGGAGACAGGAAGAGGAGAAACGGGCAGAGGCAGCUGCUGCAGCUGCUGCUGCUACUGCUGCUGCUGCAGCUGCCCUGGCUCAACAGGAGCUAGAGGAGCAGAAGAGGAGGGAAAAGGAGGCAGAGAGACAGCAGGAGCAGCAGAGACAACGGCAGCAGCAGCAGGAGGCGCUCAGGCGGCUUCAACAGCAGCAGCAGCUAGCACAAAUGAAGCUUCCAUUGUCCUCAAAGUGGGGUCAGCAGUCAGCCAACAAUAUCAAUCAGGCUCAGAAUGCGCUGUCACUGGCCGAGAUCCAGAAACUAGAGGAGGAACGAGAAAGACAGGCUCAAGUUGACCAGCAGCGCCAGCAACAGGAACUCCUGAAGGUACAGCAGCAACAGGCCCUGCAACAGGCCCAGCAGCCCCAAGCUAAGCUGUCAGGGUGGGGCCAUGUGGCGAAUCAGACCCCUGUCACAAAAUCCCUGCUAGAGAUCCAGAGGGAGGAAGCACAACAGAUGAACCAGAAGGAGCAGCCGCCGCCGCCGCAGCAGCAGCAGCAGCAGCAGCAGCAUCAGCAGCAGCAGCAGCAGCAGCAGCAGCAGCAGCAGCAGCAGCAGCAGCAUCAUCCAAUUGUCACCCAGCAGACCAGGUCGCAGAACAGAACUACAUCUCUGAGCAACUCUGUGUGGGGGUCAGCAAACACCAGUUCCUGCACAAACUGGGCUUUAGAUUCAAGCAGCAUCUGGGGUGACACCCACAACUCCAACAUGGGCUUCUGGGAUGAGGCUGUUAAGGAGGCAAUCCAGCAGCCUCCACCCACCAGGAAAGGCAAUACACAGAAAAACAAGGGCAAUGCCAACCUCAGUAAUUCUGCAAGUGGGCGAGCAAACAAGAAGGUGGGAGAGGAAGAGAAGCUGCUCAAGCUGUUCCAAGGCAUCAACAAGAGCCACCAGGACACUUUCAUGCAGUGGUGUGAACACACACUGCACAGCCUCAACACGGCCAACAAUCUGGAUGUUCCCACGUUUGCAUCCUUCCUGAAAGAAGUGGACUCUCCGUAUGAGGUGCACGACUACGUCAGGGCCUACCUGGGGGAUACGCCCGAGGCCAAGGACUUUGCCAAGCAGUUCCUGGAGCGUCGUGCCAAACAGAACGCCAAUCAACAAAAGCAGGUGCCGCCUUCGCAAGCCAACCAACCACUGGCCCUCAAACAACAGCAGGAUUCUGUGUGGGGUGAAACAGGAUCAUCUACGCCCUACCAGGCCAACCAUACGAGUGGCCAGCAGCAGCAGCAACAACGCUUUGAGGCCGUCACCUCAGGGAAGAAGAAAAAGAAACAGAAGAUGGUCCGUGCGGAUCCAAGCCUUCUAGGUUUUUCUGUCAAUGCAUCAUCUGAGAGAUUGAACAUGGGAGAGAUUGAGACUCUGGAGGAUAACUAAAGGGGGUUGCAGCCAAGCCAACAGCCAAGACUGACUAUCUGUUUUGAACAGCAGCUGUUUCAACCCCCCAAAACCCUACCCAGCCUCACUCCGCCCCACUCUUGACAGCUGUCUCAUGCAGUAUUUCACAUGGGUUAAUAUUGCCACAAUCAAUGGAAGAAACCUUUUUAGUCUUACGUGACUCUUUGGAAGAAAUGGAAUGGCAACGUCAACGCCUGCAAAAGCAUCAACCUCCUUUUCCCCCCCAAUUUGGCCUCUUUUUUUCAGUGUGGGUGGGAUGUUUGACAGGUAUUGGGAAAAAAUGUAUGAGAUUAUAUGCAUCUUUUUUUUGUUGUUGUGGUUUUUAUUUAUUACACUCUCAUUGCCCAAUCCCCAUUUCUCUACUCCCCCAAGACAAUGCUGGUUGUUCAUGGUGAAAGAUGGCAAAGUUGAACCCAAGGAUCGGUGCCUACUUUUUAAUGUCCUGUUUUAAGGACAGGUUCAAAAGUCCCGAGUAGUUAUCUAUUUCUUGUAAAAUACUAGGCUGUUUAAAAAUAAUAAUAAAAAAUUCAACUUGCA